GUGAUGCACCGCAACCCCCUUCCACCAAACUUCCCUCCACCCAAAACACAAUCGCCGAAACACCGCACCGACGCGUCGCCCGCCCAGCCUCGACCUGAUUCGCCCCUGCCUCACACGCGUCCGUCGUCUCUCUCCAUUGGCUUCCCGUACAUAUUAUUUCACGAGGAUAUAAACAACAGCCGACUACAAACCCAUCAAUUAUCCCAAUCGCAAGAGCCGAGGGCAUCGCGCAAUUGCAUUCACCUCGCCGUCGUUGUCGCUGCGCUGUUCCAGCCAGCUUCUGACCACCUCCAGACGCCUCCGUUGCCACAGACCCUACUGCGCCGGCAUCUCACUCCAUUGCGCCGCUCGUUCGCGCCCAUUGGACUCUGCCUGGUGACACGUGACCUUUUUGUCGCACGUGACCAGAGGUUAUCGUUAUCUCCGACCAGCCACUGCCCAUAUUCCCCCAUUCAAUCCUCUGACGGGAGUGAAAGGGAAAAUAUUGGUCGCCUUCAACGACUUCAGAUCGAGGCCCUGUUGUUGCCACUUGAUUGUGUCAGCAACUAUAUUGUCUGAUCUCUCGUCGACUAUAAAUUAAUUGACGCCUUUCUUACAUUCACCUUUCACAUACAGCCCAACAGUCUCUCGGGUAUAUCCUGGUAUCCUUUGUUGUCGCCUCUUCUUUCAUCGCCUUUGCCCAUCAUCUGGCUUGUAAAUUACUUCCAACAUUAAUCUAUAAUCUUUCAACCUGCUCGUCACUCCUUUCGGCUGGUCCGAUCUUUUGCGAUAGAGAAACAUUCUUGGCAUCAUGGAUGUCGAAAUGCAGAUGGAGGCAAAUGGCCUGCCUGCGCAAUUCGGUUCAACCUCAGAGCAGCCUGCCAAUGAACACGUAGUCAGCAACCUGGCAGCCUCGAUAUCAAACUCUGACGCGCCUAUGGCUUUCCCUUCUUCAAAGCCGGCAGCCAUUGAAUCGACGCCUUCUCAAUCAGAAUCAAUAGUGGAGGCAGCACCGCAGUCCCUACCACCAGAAGAAGCAGUGUCAGAGGCGGUGUCUCAGGCAGUUGCAGAACCACCGCCUGCCGCAAAUGGCAUAAGUGAAUUGGCAGAGAAAUCCAUUUCAACCGUUCCUGACUCUCAAACUCAACCAUCACUUGAAAAUAAUUCUCCCUCUCUACCAACAAGUUCAGAGAGCAUGCCUGACUCUGUGGUACCUUCAUCCAUACCAACGGAAAUCCAGUCCUCAGCACCCCUGCAAGACAUUCAGUCAACUAUGAAUACGGAGAUUUCUGAGCCGGUCUCAGCUCCGAUUCAGCCACCCGAGUCAGACUUACGCACAGCUCCUCACUCUGACGCUUUGAGCCCGGAGGCUGUUGCUGUCGUUGAGGCUCAAAAACACCAGUUGGACAAUCUCGCUGACAGUGCUCCUUCUCCUCCAAAAGAAGACGUGAUGGACACAACCACAGUCCCCGAGUCUACCAGCUUGGCCGAACAGUCAACCGUCACAGAACAACCACCUGUCACCAACAUCGGUUUGCCUUCACCUCCAGCUCCGUCACCGCCCGAAGAGCCACAGCCUGCACCAGCCACACUAGCUGAAGAAAAACCCUCCGACGUUAUCGCUGAUGUACAACCUGUACCAGAACCUCAACGUGAACCUGAACGAACAAUCGAACCUGAACAAACAAUCGAACCACUGGUAGAGCCCGAAAAGCCUAUCACGGCAGAAGCCGAGGUUCAACCAGUCCCUGCGGCCGAGCAGCCAAGAGAUCCCGCACCAACGCCUGCCCAGCCUGCUGACACUAUUGAAGUCGGGGCACCCGUGGCUCCAGUGGCUCCUGCAGCACCAGCGCCAGGCGCGACUGAUGAAGAUGAAGACAUGAUUGAUGUACCUCCUGCAAAUCAAUACCGGCCAGAAGACACGAUUGAUGUGCUUCCUGCAAAACAAUCCCGGGCACGAGAAGAUGAUGCUCCUGAUUCAGAACGUGCGGCGAAGAGAGUCAAAACUGAUGAAUCAGGAUCCCAAGCUCAGGAAACGCCAUUCAAAGUUCCCGUAGUGCCUGCCGCAACAUCAUCUCCUGUACCAGCCGGUGCGCCAGCCACCACAGAUGGAUUGAGCGACGGAGAUGAUACCUUGACCCCAGCACGAUUGGCGCAUGCGAGGAAGGUCAUCUCGAACCUGAAGAAGAGCCUUUCCUCAGCGGCCUUUCGCGCACCGGUGGAUCCCAUCCAGCUCAACAUUCCUACCUACUUUGAUAUUGUCAAGCAGCCUAUGGAUCUGGGAACAAUCGACUCGCGCUUGAAGAACAGCAAAUACACAUCUGUCUCUGCUUUCGUAAGCGACUUCAAUCAGAUCAUCGCCAAUUGCGUGGCUUUCAAUGGACCUGAUCAUGGCAUCACACAGCAAGCACGGAAAAUGGAAUCAUCCUUCAAAAGUCAGAUGAAGAACCUGCCUCCUGCUAGUCUGGAAGAGCCGUCCAAAGAGACCAAGAGAGCAGCCAAAAAGCAGGAACCUACCAGACAACAGGCGCCUCGACGACCAUCAGUCAGCACAGCUGGCGCCCCUGUCGCAACCGCUGCGUCGCCCAAGUCUGCUGCUCCUGCAACCCCGGCAUUCGCUCCUGGUCCAGAUGGCAUGCCACUCAUUCGACGUGAUUCCAGCCUAGCCGACGGCCGACCCAAGCGGGCCAUUGUCCCUACCAAGCGGAACCAAGAGUUCGGUGGCAGACCCAAGAAGAAGAAGUAUGAGCUGCAGCUGAAGUUCUGCGACGAAGUCUUGAAGGAAAUAUCAAACCCCAAAAACUGGUCAGCAAACCAGUAUUUUACUCAUCCAGUUGAUCCGGUGGCGUUGAACAUUCCGACCUACUUCCAAAUCAUCAAGAAACCCAUGGAUCUCAGUCUUGUCAGGACCAAGCUGACCAACAACGCAUACGAAAAAGCUAAGGACUUCGAAGAGGAUGUGCGCCUCAUCUUCAAGAAUUGUUACAAGUUCAAUCCGGAAGGUGACUUGGUCAAUUCUGCCGGUCACCAAUUGGAAGAUCUGUUCAACAAGAAAUGGGCGACCAAGGAUGAAUGGAUCGCCGCUCGCGAACCUCCUUCUGCACCGGAAUCUGAUGGAGAGGAAGAUGAAGAGGAGGAAGAAGACAGCGAAGACGACGCCGAUGACAGUGAGGACGAUCGGGCCGAGAAGAUCAAACUGCUGCAGAAGCAAAUUGAAGAAAUGUCGAAGCAAAUGGGCGAGCUGACCCAGAAGAAGGUCAAGAAGUCCAAAUCUCCACCGACCAAGAAGAGCAAGUCCAAAUCCGGCAAGAAGGAGAAGCCGGCAGCUCACAAAGAAGGCAAGGAAAAGAAAGAGAAGAAGAAGUCUGGAACCAAGGCCAAGGCCAACGCGGAUCGUUACGUGACAUUUGCCGAGAAGCAGUACAUUUCUAAUGGAAUUGGCAUGCUUCCCGAGAAGCAAAUGUCGGAAGCUCUCAAGAUCAUCCAGAACAGCGUUCCGUCCCUCGCCAAUACCGAUCAAAACGAGAUAGAGCUCGACAUUGAGGAAGUUCCAAACCAUGCCCUGCUCAAGCUACUCAACUUUGUCAAGCGCUAUGCUGGACCUCCUCCGGACGAGCCCAAGGCCGAGCCCAGCGACAACUAUGCACCUGCGGCGACCAAGAGCAAGAAGAGCAAGCCCAUGAGUAAGCACGAGCAGGAAGCCCAGAUUGAGGAACUCAAGGGCAAGUUGGGUGCUUACGCUGGACCUGUCUCACCAAACGCCAUGCCGUCGAUAGAAGGCGACAGUAGUGACGAUGACGGUGAUUCUGAAGAGAGCGAAGAGGAGUGAUUUGAGAAACAAAACUUUGACUCUGGACAGACUGCGGUGCUCGGCAACCGCUGAGACUGUAUUGUCCUCUUUUGCGACGGCUACUGCCCCGUACCCCCCAGGGUCAACGAUGACCGCUUGCACUCCCACGUUUGCGGUAGAUGACGGUUUUUCCCCCUGCUUUUUGGUGCCACCACCAGACUGAGUUGUGUGUGAUUUAGCAAGAUUGCGAGGGUGCUACUGCGGAAUAGUUUACAGACUCGGAAGAAUAUGGUAUCCUUGUGGUUCUGAAGCAGUAUUUACUAUGGCUUGGAAUGUGGAGAUGGACAAGAAGAAACUCUGGGGGUGGUUGACAACGCUGAAAAGGUUGCGGCCUCAUCAAGAUCCAUCCCAUGGUAAAAAGCCCCGUUUGAGGCUCGAAAAAAGUGUGUAGAUGUAAUAUGCAAUGAGAAUAGCAAUGCUGAAUUUAAGACGUC